GCAGCUAAUGCCGGGUCAGAGUCUCCCUCUGGCGGCUUCUGGGUCCCCCUCUCGCCCCGCUUCAGUCAGGGCUGGGACUCCGCAUUGACAGUCACCCUGAUCCCGCCCUCCUGUCCUCAGCCUGCGCCGAUGCUCCGGUGGAGGCGGUGUACUGUCAGAAGGUGGGUCUGGGUCAAGGACUGAGAAGACUCUGCUGAUAGGAGGCUCCCAUGGGGGCAGCCUAGGGAGGGCCUGAGCCAUGCUGUCCCGAAAGGGAAUCAUCCCUGAGGAAUAUGUACUGACUCGUCUAGCAGAGGAUCCAACAGAGCCCAGGUACCAUGCCCGGGAGAGGAGAGCCCGCUUUGUGGCCAAGAAUGGCAACUGCAACGUAGCCCACAAGAACAUUCGGGAACAGGGCCGCUUCCUUCAAGAUGUCUUCACCACCCUGGUGGACCUCAAGUGGCACCACACAUUGCUCAUCUUCACCAUGUCCUUCCUCUGUAGCUGGCUACUCUUUGCCAUGGCCUGGUGGCUCAUUGCUUUUGCUCAUGGUGACCUAGAUCACAGCACCAGAGGUGAGACUGACGCUACCUUCAUACCCUGUGUCACCAGCAUCCACUCCUUCGCUUCUGCCUUCCUCUUCUCCAUUGAGGUACAAGUGACCAUUGGCUUUGGGGGCCGCAUGGUGACUGAGGAAUGUCCAUUGGCUGUCUUGGUGCUGAUCGUGCAGAACAUUGUUGGACUCAUGGUCAAUGCCAUCAUGCUGGGCUGCAUCUUCAUGAAGACAGCCCAGGCCCACCGCCGAGCCGAGACACUCAUCUUCAGCAAACACGCAGUCAUCGCCAUGCGCCAUGGUCGACUCUGCUUCAUGCUCCGUGUGGGUGACCUCCGGAAGAGCAUGAUCAUCAGUGCUACCAUCCGCAUGCAAGUGGUCCGGAAGACUACAAGCCCAGAAGGUGAGAUUGUACCCUUGCACCAGGUGGACAUCCCUAUGGAGAACGGUGUGGGUGGCAACAGCAUCUUCCUGGUGGCUCCACUUAUCAUCUACCACAUCAUUGAUGCCAACAGUCCCCUGUAUGACCUUGCCCCUGGUGACCUGCAUCACCAUCAGGACCUGGAGAUCAUUGUGAUACUGGAAGGUGUGGUGGAGACCACGGGCAUCACUACGCAGGCCCGGACCUCUUACCUUGCCGAUGAGAUCCUCUGGGGCCAACGCUUUGUUCCCAUUGUGGCAGAGGAGGAUGGCCGAUAUUCAGUGGACUACUCUAAGUUUGGCAAUACCAUCAAGGUGCCCACACCUGCCUGUACUGCCCGUCAGCUGGAGGAGGACAGAACUCUUCUAGAUUCCCUGCCUCUUGCCUCUCCCAAAGGACCCCUCCGAAAGAGGAGCUUGGCUUCAGCCAAGUCAAAGCCCCAGCACAAACCCAGGUUUAGCAUUUCCCUCGAUGCUUUGUCCUGAAGCCUGCCUUCAUGAUGUGGGCCAGCUCAGAUUCCUCAGGCUUUCCUCCCUCCUAAUACUCACAUACUUGAGUCCUUUGGGCAAAGACCUGAUCUAUCAAUCCUGCAUGGAGGGGGGAAAUGGCCUUUGGUCCAACAGGGCCCUCUGUUUAUUUACUCGGCUGCUAGGAGUUGGCAGUGAUUUCAGGGCUUUGCUGCCUCAUGACGUCUGCUCAGGGGUGUUAUGGGGUAUUUAUCACUGGGCUAUUUAUGGGCUCACCAGGUCUCAGCCACAUUCAGCUAUUUUUGUCUCUGCUCUUCCCAGAACCAACACAGGACUGACUCAGGCCCCCUCAGAGGCAAAGGAGACCUAGACCAGGUUGGGGGAAGGGAGGGUUUGGACAAGUGCUCUCAUCUGAGAGUUGGGGCUCAGAGUCCAGGAUAACGGCACUGACCUGUGAGCCAGCAAUCAGCCCAGUCCUGAGGCAGGUGGGUGCAGUUUCCAAAUACCAUCUUCUCUGUCCUUUUCAAUAUCUCUUCCCCCAGCAUUACCACAUCCAACUAAGAUUGCAUAACAUUUUUCUCUGUCCCCACAAUUUCCCAUCUCUGGGGGAAGUAGGGCCCUGAGCCAACCACUAGAAAGGGAAUCAGAGCCAGGGUGAAGGAGAACCAAGCAAGGAAGAGAGGGAUGUAAGUUUUCUGAUAGAAUCCGAGGCCAGACAGUCAUAGCCUCCUCCAUCAAUAUUCCCUCUCCCAAAAGCUGCUGAGGGUACUUGGCUCUGGGGACAAUGAGAGGAGGGUUCCAGGGUUUCUGAGGAUGGGAAGCAUUUGUCUUCCCACUGUCAGACAAUCAACCCUUUGUGUGAGACAGAGGUGGGGAGCACGUGGGGAAAGUCUUUCCAGACACAGGUGCAGAGUGCUGUGUGCUGUAGGAGAAGAGAAUAUAUGCUGGCUUGGGAGCAGAGGAGGGAAGCCCAAUUCAAUAGGCAUUUGAUGGCUCAUGACAAGCAUUAGUCUUGGAGUUGCAAUGAAGUAUGAUCCUCAAUCUGGAUGCUGUUACCAUGAACAGGGAAUGGGCUGAAUAAGGAGCAGGCUGUGCUUUGUGUGCUUUCCCAGAACUGUGCCAUCUCUGGUCUGUAAAUAAAACCUCCCCUAAUUAUCCUUAA